AUGGUCGUUUGCAAAAGAGAUGCACAUCUUGCUUUGAAUCAGUUAUCAGACUAUCGCAAUCGCCUUGAUAGUCAGAAAGAUGGAUUACUGGUAGAAGCUCUUAAUCGGUUAAUGAAUGUAUUUCAAAGCAGAUUGUUUCUAGGUCUACUAGAUAUACAAGAAUUCUAUGAAGCUAUUCUACUAGAUCCACAAAAAACUAAAGAAGAGAAAACCUCUGCUGCACUUGAAAUUGCAUCAAAAUGGGAGAAUAUAUCAAGUCCAUCAUUAGUUGCUUCUACUACUGAUUUAAGAAUACCAAAUAGUUUAAUAAAUAAGACAAAUUAUUUUGACAGAGCACGUUCAAUGUAUCAUAUUAAUCUGAAUGAUUCACAAAUAUCUCAUUCAUCACAUCAUAUCCAAUCAUCACCUCAUCAUCAUCAUCAUCUACCGGAUAUAUCAAAUUUCAAUAAAUCAUGGAAACAUAUAGAACCAAGCUUGAAUUUUGAAUAUCAAACAUUGAAUUCAUUGAAUAAUAUUAGUCAGUCUUCUUCACAAGAAAAUAUAUCAAAUGAUCAUGUAAAAAGUAAUAAUUAUUCUAAAUUUAUCAAUGAUAACCUUAUUUUUACUCAUAAUAAAUUUAAUCAAAAUCUAUAUGAUAUUAAAAAUCAAUCAUCUUCAAUUAUUCCUAUAGUUAAACCACGUCAAAAACGUUUAAAACAACUUAAAUCAAAUUCAAUACAUGAUUUAAAUGAAAAUAUAUUCAGUAAAACAAAUAAUGGAAGUUAUUUCAAUGAUCAAUUUCUUAUUGCAGAAGAUAAUAUUCAAACUAAUCCUUUAAAUGAUGAUGAUGAUGAUGAGGUUAAUAAUAAACAAUGGGCUUUAUUAAAUCGUUUACCGAUUACAAUGGAAGUUAUUAUUGAUAAAAGUUCUAAAGGAUUCGGAUUUAGUAUUGCUGGUGGACAUGAUAACAAAUUAGAUCCAAAUAAUGAUGAUAAUAAUGAUAGUGAUAUUUAUGUGACACGUGUUAAUCCAGGUGGUCCUGCAGAUCAUCAAUCUGGUUUACAAUUGGGCGACAGAAUAUUGUCAGUCAAUGGGAUUAGUUUGAUUGGCGCUACACAUAAUGAAGCGGUGAAAGCUUUACAACUGGCUGGGAGUCGUUUAAAAUUGAUUAUUGAACGUAAAGCAGAACUGGCUAUAUCUGAACAAGAUUCAUUAAUGUCUUUUUCUUCAUCCUACUCUCAUUCAAAAGUUCAUAUGAAUCCUUCUUUGAAACAGAUGACUGCAACAAAACUUCAACCAUCAUCAUCAUCCAGUCAAUCAAUUAAUAUUGUACAAAAUAUUGAAUCGACAGCUAGUACAAGUACUGGUGGUAGUCUUAGUGGUGGUGGUGGUGGUGGUGGUGGUGUUGGUGGUAAAAGUAUUGAAAGUGGAACAAGUUUAACAACAACUAGCCUUAUAAGUGGUUCAUUAUUUGAUUAUAGAGAUAGUAAACAAACAUUGAAUUCUACAGGAAUAUCAUCAAAAAUGAAAUCAUCUAAUAUUCCUAUAUCACCAUCUCGAGUUAGUAUUGAACAAAAAAUUCAACAAUCAACUGAUACUGAUUUGAAUGAUAUUAUGUUACAAAAUGAUCAGAAAGUUAGUCAACCUAAUGUUAUACAGUCUAGUACUGGUUCAAAAUUGUCCAGACGUGGUGUAGCAUGUACUGGAUUUCCAGCUUUUUCUUGGUGUGGUGGUUUGCAACGAGUAACUGGAGGAUGUGCAUCAUUAGGACGUGGACAUCAUAGUUUACAAGGAAGUAGUAGAAAUUCUAGCCGUCAGAAGUUAACUGGAAGCAUAGAACCAAAUCGUACCGUUAGAUCAAAUGAGUUUAUAACUGUUGGUGCGAGACCGACACCACCUCCAAAACCUGGUCCACUUGUUGUUGAAGUUAUCUUGACCAGAGGUACUAAAAGUGGAUUGGGAUUUAGUAUUACUGGAGGUGUUGGCAAUGAAACAUCCAAUGGAGACUCAGGGAUAUUUGUUACUAAGCUGACUUCAGGUGGUGUUGCCGAAACAGAUGGUCGAAUUCGUAUAGGUGAUAGAAUUGUUCAAGUCAAUGAUACACCACUUGUCGAUGUAACACAUGAACAGGCAGUUCGAGUUUUAAAACAAGCUGGUGAUCAAGUUCGACUUGUUCUUGUAAAACGCGUUAAUCACUCCUCACGUCAAACAUCCUCAAGUGAUAUUAAAAUUGGAUCAAGUGAAUUGAAUAAUCAGGAUCAUAUUGUUUAUGAUACUCAAUUUAAUGGCAGUAAUAGCCGUCAUAGUGUUGGUACUGUUGAUCAGUAUUAUGUUAAAUCAGAUACACCACCAGUGUCUUUAUCAUCCCUACAUCGUUCUACUUCAACUUCUCCAUCUUCAUCUGCUCAUUCGUCUCCACAUUCAGAAGUUUCUGUACAUAAUUCUGUUCAUAUGAAACUAUCAACUAAUCACGAUAAAGAUGAACAAAAUAAUGAAAAUUUUUCCUCUUCUCCAAAUUUAUCCAAUGAAAAAGUUCAUAAACCAUCAGUUAAUGAAAUGACAACAACAAAUAUUCCAUGUUUUGCGUCAACUGGUCAAGAGCUACUUGAAAAUAGAAUGGUUGGAAUAAUUGAUUAUGCUGCAGCUGCUUCAGUAUCUGAUCUGCUUAAUCAGUGGCCAAAUGCUCGUCUAGUCACACUUUAUCGAAAUGGUCGUAAACGAGUUUCAUCGAUUAGUAGAGAAAGACUGAAUAAUUCAGAGGCAAUUCAUCGUGGUUUUUCAUCUAAUAGUCGUGGAAGUCUUGGAUUGAAUAUUGUUGGAGGUGAUGGAUCUGAGGCAACAUUCAUUUCAUAUAUUCAACCUAAUAAACCAGCUGGUUUAUCUAAAAGAAUAUUUGUUGGUGAUCGACUAUUAACAGUAAAUGGCAUUGAUGUAACUAAAUUUGGUCAUGAGAAAGCGGCUGCAGCUCUACGUGAUGCACGUGAUCGUGUUGAUCUUCUUGUCGUCUAUAGUCCUGAAGAAUAUGCUGAAUUUGAAAAACAUUUCUGUCGGCAGUUGAAAGCAGUUGAGAAAAUUGUUCAAGACAAACAACCAAUCAAUAGUCAUCAGUUUAAAGAUAUAAAUGAAAAGAAAUUGAAACAGAAAAAUACUAUGAAUAAACAAGUUGACAAAUCAGUACACUCUGAAUGUCAACAACAAAAACGUCAACUAAAGAAGAAGGAUAGAAAUAUGAAGAUAAAAUUAGAAGAUGAUAAGAAAUCGAAUGAAAUGAUCACCUAUUCAAAUGUAUUAAUAUUAAGAUGUCAAGUUGACUAUGAUCCAACUAAAGAGAAUCAUCAUCAAAGUAUCCCUAAGAAAGUAUUCAAUUUAAGAUCAGGUGAUUUAAUUUACAUUGUUAAUACAGUUGACUCAGAAUGGUGGCAGGCUCAAAGAUUUGAUCCAGAGAAGAAUGAACCAACCGGUCCAAUUGGUCUUAUUCCCAGUCGAUCACGCUUAGAACGAAAAGAACGUACACGAACACGUCAUGUGAAUUUUAUAGCUAGAAAUAGUCGGUCUGUUGAUUCACCAUCGGUUAAGUCAAAUGAUGCCUAUGAGAGAAGAAAAAACAAAUCACUGAAACCGUCUACAUCCACCUAUUCAUUAGCAGAAGCUAUUGGUCAAUGCAAAGACUUCAGCUGCUCUAAAGGCGGAACAAUAAGCACUGAGGUAUCGCAUAGUUCUAGGAGUAAAAGUAAGCAAUGCGAAAUAAAAUAUUUAAGUAGACAAAAUAAUCACGUUAUUAUCAAAAUAUUUUAUCGUCUCAGAUGA